AUGUUAGAGUUAUUGAAAUGCAGAACGAAAUAUGUUGAUGGAAAUAAUGAUAGCUAUAAAUUGUUGUGGAAUAAUUUAUCUCUGUCAAAGCAAGCGACAUUCAACAUCAAAAGACUUCCUACAUUAGAUCUAGCACACAAUCCAGAAGAAAGUAAUAAACUUUCUAUAUUGCUUACAAAACGGUCAGAUGCAAUUGACGAAGCUCAGAGAAUUCACAUGAAUAUUUUCAAGUCCCUGUUGGGCGGGUAUAAAUAUGCAAUGCUAUUCGAUUAUUCUCACUCGGAAAACAAAGGUGACUCGGCAAUUACUGUUGGAGAAACAUUGCUUUUGAGGAAACUCAAAAUCGAAAUUGUGUUUGUAUGUAAAAUUCAUUGCAUAGAUUAUCAACUAGACAGAGCCCAUAACAUCAGUAAAAAUUAUACAAGUAAAGAUCUUGUCGUUCUUUUUCAUGGUGGCGGAAAUGUCAUUGGUUGGCCUUUGUCAGACGUUUCUCGUGGUAAACAAAUAAAACGAUUCAUGCAGUUCAACAUUCUCAUGUUUCCACAAAGUAUUUUGAUAAUGGGACCAGAUUCUCACAUAAAGUUCUGCCAAAAAAUAUAUGCUUCUCAUCCGAGACUUACCUUUCUAUGGCGAGAUAAGGUGUCUUUCGAUCUUGGCAAGAAGCUCUUCCCUAACGUACGGUCGAUAUUAUCACCAGAUAUUGCCUACCAGAUCGGUUUCGUUCCUCGUUUCAUGCAACCAACGUUUGAUAUACUUUGGAUAAAGCGCACCGAUAAAGAGUCUACACACUACAAAUACACUGCAGCACCGAAAGGAUAUCGUAUCCAUGUUUCUGAUUGGUUAAUGUGGAAAACCCGCGCGGGACUCGCCAAUGGAGGACUCGUUUCUUAUGACAACCAAUGGAAUGAUGUUUUUUACAGAGAGGUCGAGUAG